AUGGGGAAGGCAUGGAGGGGGAACUCGUGUCAUUCCUGGCUGGCUGCCAGUGGCCGGAUCCAGAAGCACUGCCUGGCCAGCUCCCGGCACCUCCCCAAGGAGGCCAAAACCCUCCUGGGCUCCUGCGGGGACGUGAUCCAACACUGGCGAGCUCGUGCUGUCCAGGACAUGAUCCGCAUCACGGUGCAGCCGGAGUCGCAGGUGGUGAUGGAGGGGACACGGGUGUCCCUGACCUGCUGGGCAACGGGCCCGCUGGGGCUCGCGUACCAGUGGUUCUGCGGGAAGUGCGAGGUGAGGUCCUGCUCGGCCCCAGAACUGGUGGUUGACACGGCUGCCCUGCCGGGCCAGCCCGAGUGGUACAUCUGCCGGGUGAACUGCGGGGCCGCCUUCGCCUUCUCCAGGUGGGCCCACGUCCGGGUGGAGAAGAGCAGCAGCCCCACCUGCAGCCAGCGGUUACUGCCUGACCAUGGAGGGGCUGCAGAUCCUGCAGCAGCCGCUGCCCUGCCGUCUGGCCGAGGGGGACACGCUGACCUGGAGCGCAGGGCCAUUGGCAACCCCCCGCCCCAGUACCAGUGGUUCAGGAGCCCGCGGCGCUUCGCCUCCGGAGGCUCCUGGCAGGAGGGGGAUGGAGGCUCCCCGGAGCACGGCAGCCCUGGCCAGCUGUACGCCACCGACAAAGUGGCCCUGCUGAUCGGCAACAUGCACUACCUGCACCACAAGCAGCUGAAGGCGCCCAUGGUGGACGUGCAUGCCCUCAGCGCCCUCCUCCGCCAACUCGACUUCAAGGUGGUCUCGCUGCUGGACCUGUGCAAGGCUGAGAUGCAGAUGGCUGUCAACGAGUUCCUCCUCCUCCUCGACAAGGGCGUAUACGGUUUGCUCUACUACGCCGGGCACGGCUAUGAAAAUUUUGGCAACAGCUUCAUGGUGCCCAUCGACGCGCCCAGCUCCUACACCUCGGCCCACUGCCUGUGCGUGCAGCGGGUGCUGCAGAGCAUGCAGCAGCGCCACACCGGCCUCAACAUCUUCCUGCUCGACAUGUGCCGCAAGAGGUGA